AUAUUUUCCCACGAGAAGAAAAAACCGUCUCCUUGAGUUGUGAAAAAAUGUAUAAGAUUUCUCUCGGAGUGGCUCAUGGGAUUGAAUAUUUACAUCAAGGUUGUAACAUGCAAAUCUUACAUUUCGACAUCAAGCCCCACAACAUUCUUCUUGAUGAGAAUUUCAUUCCAAAAGUUUCUGACUUUGGGCUUGCGAAACUAUAUUCAAUAGAUGAUAGCAUUGUGCCUUUGACUGCAGCAAGAGGCACAAUGGGUUACAUGGCUCCAGAAUUGUUCUACAAAAACAUAGGAGGUGUCUCAUACAAAGCUGAUGUGUAUAGUUUCGGAAUGUUGUUAAUGGAAAUGGGGGGCAGAAGGAAGAAUUUGAAUGCAAUUGCUGAUCGCCCAAGCCAAAUUUACUUCCCCUCAUGGGUUUAUGAUCGAUACAGCGAAGGAGAGGACAUUGAUUUGGGAGCUACCACUGAGGAGGAAAAGAAGAUGGUUAAGAAGAUGAUCAUAGUAGCGUUCUGGUGCAUACAACUGAAGCCUAUUGAUCGUCCUUCUAUGCACAGAGUGGUGGAGAUGCUGGAAGGAGAUGUUGCACUCCUGAAAAUGCCUCCAAAGCCUUUUCUAACUCCACAAGAGAUCCCAACUGAGAAUCAUGAAAUGAACAAAGAUGUUGUAGAGUUACCAUUGUUGUCAGGUAACUCUGUAGAUUCUCUCAGUGCGGAUAUUGAAGAUUGAGGUAAUGCAGGUAGCAAUGAGUGCAUCCAUAAAAUAAAUCAAGCCAACAAUCCUUAUCAGACUGAGAGAUUGUGAGCAAAAUUUCCCUUGUUUUGCUAUGGUAAACAUAAAUCUAGUCACUUCAUUUUAUAUUUUGCAAUGCCUCUUCAUGGCCACAUGACAUUUGAGUUUUAACAUUUGUGCAAGCUUGCUUAAUUGAAAUCUAAUAAACUAAAAUGAUUUCCCAUCUAUAGAGGUUAUGGAAU